UGCAAACUGAACUAUACCCUCACGAUUUGAACUUUCAUCACCGCCGACAUGGACGAGGACGCGAGCUACCUGCCCUCUUCGCCGACACCGAGGUCCGUGGAGAAGACGACAUGAAGCUCUUUGGGCUUCCGGAACAAACGCUGCAGAGCCCUGACUCUGACCAAAAGAUGUCCGAGCAGUUUUUUAUGGCACAUCAUGCACAUCUCAAGGCGCACUCCGCACCUGAAGCCUUCCAGGAUCCGUUCUUCAGUCCGCCGGUCUCGCAAAGUGACUUUACGGAGACAGAGAUCUCUGCUUCGCCAGCUGCAAUGUUCCUGUCUGCUUUCAGUCCGAUGGCUGCCAGCACCGCUCUUCCCGAUGCCGAAGGAGAAGAAGUCGCUGGGUACGUUUUGGGACCCAUCGUCGGGCACGGCGCAUUCGCUAUUGUGCGCCGUGCGUCAUCUCGGCAAGGCGAUACUGUCGCUGUCAAGAUCGUACGCCGGUCUGACCUCGACAAACAAGAAGACCCGAUGAAAGCGCGCGCGGCGCUUGACCAUGAAGCGGCGGUCUGGGCAUCGCUGAGUCACGAGAACAUCUUGCCACUCUUCACCUCGUCUCACACGCCCUAUGCAGACUUCUUUGUCACCUUGUAUUGCCCCGCCGGCAGCCUGUUUGACAUCCUUAAGCGGGACGGACGCCCGGCGCUCCCACUUGACGAGACAGGCAGGAUGUAUCGGCAGGUGGUGAAAGGGCUGCGGUACAUGCACGAGGUGGCGGGGGUCGCACAUAGGGAUUUGAAGCUGGAGAAUGUCCUUGUAGACGACAUGGGUGUCUGUAGAAUUGGCGACUUUGGAAUGUCAAAGCGCAUCGGAGAGCUCGAGUCUGAAGGCGACGAGGAAGACCGGCCGACUCGCAUCACCCGCGCACAGACCAUUGGCCAGUCUCGCUCUCUACGAGAGAAGCGUUCGCGGAGCAGACAAGCGUUCCCCGGUGAUCUUGCAUCUCAUUUGUCUGUGCUGCAACACCGAAGCGGGCCUCGCUACCGCACCUCAAGCCCGCUUCCUGGGCCGUCCGAAUCGAAGCUCCGCUUCUUACCGGGCUCUCUUCCGUACGCCUCUCCUGAGCUUCUCACGCCGUCCAAUUCGACUUCUCCGCGCCGAGUGCACACAGCUCAAGAUAUCUGGGCCCUUGGAGUCAUGCUAUAUGCGCUCCUGAUGGGACGCAUGCCAUUCUCCGACUCUUUCGAACCUCGCUUACAAAUGAAGAUUAUUGCAGGUGUCUACGAGAUGCCGCAAGGUGUCGGAAAAGGAUCAGAGAGCAUCCUCCACGGCUGCCUCGAACGCUCUGUCCAAGAUCGCUGGACUGUCGAUAUGGUCGACGAAGUCGCUUGGAGCAUCGGCUGUAAUGAUCCCGAUGAUGAAGCUCCGUGCCCAAGCGAGAUGCUACCGCCUACGCGUUCGCGCUCCCGAUCACGCCCUGCAUCAAUUCCAGAACACGCUCUCGCAGACGAUGAAGGACCGCAGUCGCCGGUCAUGGAACGAGGAACGAGCCGGUCACACUCCGGGCGCAGCCGCUCGCGACUCUCUGCAUUCCACCCGUACCAACAUGACCAGCACUUCCCCGCACAGCACCACGACUUAUCAGAGCCACCCCAAGUGGCGAUGCCAUCUUCGAUCCUGCGCAGCGCCUCCACGUCGUCGGGCAGUACCUACUACACCAUCGAGUCCCCGCGUUCCAUUGUAUCGUCGUCCUCGGCUGACCGGGGUCGGACAAGUCGAGUUUCCUUUGGGCGCGACGAUCUGUCCGAUUCACGCUCGCGCAGUCCGUCCGAGCCACCUUUGUCCCCCAUCGAUGUCACUACCGCGCUUGCCACGCGUGGACGCAAGACCUCGCGCUCCGCAGUGCCGACAAGCGAACUCCGCCGCCUCGUGCUACCUGAAGAUGACAACCUCUUCACGAGCGAGCCGUGGGCGGAUAUCGACAGCACCAGUACUGACGACAAUCGCCACCGAGUUACGCGGAGCGCAUCGCGUGACGCGUGGGCGCGCACGCGACCUGCGCUCCGCCGCCGGAGCCUAGAAUCUCCUGAAAAGGCGGCACGCGCGGAGAGUGUACCUCCAAACUCUCUAUGCUCUCUGCCAUGGUCCGCCCAGAGCUUCCACACGGGCCGUGUACGGACGGCGGGAGGCACGCCUGGCUCUGUGCACGGCAACACCCCCGGAUUAAGAAGCCGGAGCGUGUGCAGGCCCUGAGCCGCUGCCUAAAUGCACUUCGCAUCCCGCACGUAAUUUUUACUCCUCUGCUCGAGGUUGUCCCCGACGCAGGCAAGUUCCAUUGGGUCUCUGAUUCAACUCUCCUCUCAGUCUCUUAUUAUCUAUCCGGGUUUGCGAGUACGCUUUAGCCUUACGACCGCUGUGUCUCAUCCUCAUGUAUUCCUAUCUCCCGAAUGAUACCCCCACAUCCAGUGUUUCUUGUCGAGUCUCGGUCUGUCUUUGUGGCGUAGUACUUGUGUAUAAUCCGCUACUGUAUUGUAUGGCCCAUGUAAUUACCCGUUAUCUGCGUAUGUUUC